AUGGCAGAAACCAAAAAGCUAGUGGAUCUGUCGAAGCUGCCUGAGAGGAUACUGUCAAUUCUAGUUGCGCACUCAGAUCCGGUGACGCAGAAGACCUUUGAGGAGGAACUUCCUGAUGUUACUCUUACUCAACUUCUCCCAGCUCUGAAUCGGAUGCAAAAGGAAGGCCAAGUGGAAGUUCUAGUCAACCCCAAUCGCACUCUCUCCUGGCGCAUGCGUGAGAUCGGCAACAUUGAUAAAUUGAAGUCUCUCAAAGACGUAGAAGAGAGUCUGGUAUAUAACUGCAUUCGCAAAAAUGGAAAUGAGGGCGCAACAAUCAAGGCUAUUUCAGUGGAUACCAAACUGUCUCAGAAUCGCCUCCCCCGUAUCUUAAAAUCCUUAAUAAGUCGAAAACUGAUCAAAGAACUGCCUGUUUUGGCAGGGAGUAAACAGAAGAUCUUUCUCCUCUUCGAACUCGAACCGAGCAAGUCCCUGGCUGCCAACACCCUGUUUGCUGGUGAGGCAGGGGUAGAUGGCGAGUUUGUAGCAAUGUUACGGACGGCCUGCUUGAAGUUCAUUCAGGACAAGAGGUCACAGUGA